AUGUCUAUUCCAGAAGGUUUCCAAGAGGUGACGAGCACCAUGCCACCUUUGGCAAACGCUAAUCCUUAUGGCCCUGAUCCAUCUGAUUAUUUAUCCAAUGUUUCCAAUUUCCAAAUUAUAGAAAGUACAUUACGAGAAGGUGAACAAUUUGCCAAUGCCUUUUUCAGUACUGAGACCAAGAUUCAAAUCGCCAAGGCGUUAGAUGAUUUUGGAGUGGAUUAUAUUGAAUUAACAUCACCUGUUUCGAGUGAACAAUCCCGUAAGGAUUGUGAAGCGAUCUGUAAAUUAGGGUUAAAAGCCAAGAUCUUAACUCAUAUUCGAUGUCAUAUGGAUGAUGCGAGAGUGGCAGUUGAAACUGGGGUUGAUGGGGUUGAUGUUGUGAUUGGCACGUCUCAGUUCUUAAGACAAUAUAGUCAUGGGAAAGAUAUGAGUUAUAUUGCCAAGAGUGCAGUUGAAGUGAUUGAAUUUGUUAAAUCGAAAGGGAUUGAGAUUCGUUUUUCAUCAGAAGAUUCCUUUAGAAGUGAUUUAGUGGAUUUAUUAAAUAUUUAUCGUAUUGUUGAUAAAAUCGGAGUGAAUAGAGUUGGGAUAGCUGAUACGGUUGGAUGUGCUAAUCCACGUCAAGUUUAUGAAUUAGUACGAACUUUAAAAUCAGUGGUUAAAUGUGAUAUUGAAUGUCAUUUCCAUAAUGAUACAGGAUGUGCUAUUGCCAAUGCUUAUACUGCCUUAGAAGGUGGAGCUAAAUUAAUCGAUGUAUCAGUAUUGGGAAUUGGAGAAAGAAAUGGUAUAACUCCCUUAGGUGGAUUAAUGGCAAGAAUGGUAGCUGCCAAUAGAGAAUAUGUGUUAUCAAAAUAUAAAUUACAUAAAUUAAGAGAUUUAGAAAAUUUAGUGGCUGAAAGUGUUCAAGUUAAUAUUCCAUUUAAUAAUCCAAUUACCGGAUUUUGUGCUUUUACUCAUAAAGCAGGUAUUCAUGCUAAAGCCAUCUUAGCUAAUCCAUCAACUUAUGAAAUUUUAAUCCCAUCAGAUUUUGGAUUAACGAGAUAUAUUCAUUUUGCCAAUAGAUUAACGGGAUGGAAUGCGAUUAAAUCAAGAGUUGAUCAAUUGAAUUUGAAUUUAACUGAUGAACAAUGUAAAGAGGUGACUAAUAAGAUUAAGAAAUUAGGUGAUGUUAGACCGUUAAAUAUUGAUGAUGUUGAUUCUAUUAUAAAGGAUUAUCAUGCUGAUGUUAGUACACCAAUGUUUAAACCUAAAAAGAAUGGGAUAUUAAGAGUACCACAUGAUUUACCUCCAUUAGAUGAUGAAUAUAGUAGUAAAAGAAUUAGAUUUGAAUAA